AUGUUCAGAAAACCUUUCUCGGUGAAAAAGAACAACAAUAUGAGGAAUUCAGACGUAAAGAAGCUCCUCCAGAGGCUGCCACCUGAAGUUGGAGAAUUAGUUCCAAAGAAGGCGAUGGUUGCUCAUGCAAAGUUUGUCACCUUCAAUGGGGCUAGCUUGAAUUGCUUUUUCCAACGGUAUAUUGCACGAAAAGCGCUCCCAUCGCUUUCCCCAUGCUGCUUGGUACACGAAUCUGUUCUUUCUCAUCUGGAAAAUGGAGCCGAUCUUAUGCUUCCAGGAGUUGUUCACAACCAGAAUUUACCUAUGCGGCAGUUUAAUCGCGGAGAUGUCGUAACCAUUUCAAUCAUCAGCAAUGGGCAAGUGGUGGGACCAGUAGCGGUUGGCGCCGCACUGAUGUCAUCUCAAGAUAUGAUAGCUAACAAGUUUACAGGCAGAGGAGUUCAACCGCUACAUAUGUACAGGGAUUUUCUAUGGGAAUUUGGAUCGCGAGUGGUUCCUUCACCAUUGGACUUGAAAUCCCUAUUUAAAGUUGAAGAACCGACUGAAACAUCCGCAGAAGAGGAAUUCCCACCGCUAGGUGCUCUGUCCGUCUCCGAGCACAGUGGCGAUGUUGCACCUAAGGACGCAAAAGAGGAAGGUUCUGCUCCAACAAUCGCUGAGGAGGCUAAUGAUGGCGACGUAGAAGAAGAACCCAUGGAUCAGCUAUUAUAUCGAUGUUUCCUAGCUGCGCUGAAAUACAGAUUAGACCAAGUGCCUAUGGACGUUGGACAGUUUUACGCACAAUGCUUGCUCAAGUGUGUUCCAAACGGGAAGCGACUGGAAAUGAAGAAAACGAAGUUCAAGAAGUUCAGUGUCUUCCUUGAAGAGGCUAACAAAAGCGAGGACGGACCACUUGUUAAGAUCCGGAAAGAGGGAAAAGGCUGUGAUCUGAUAGAAGAGGUAUUCAAAAACCACCCUGCUCUACGAUCAUUUGUAGUCACGGAUGAGAUUACAAAAGAUGAAGAUCCGGGAGCAACCAAGUCGGGGCCAAAAAUUUACGAAUCACGGAAAAUGUACUACCCUUGUUCAAAACCAGAGGCAACUUCUUCAAAAGGGCAGUUGUUGGAAGGUCCGCAGAUCCGUGAAAUUGUCACUAAUUAUGUUAAGAGCGAGGAACUGAACCAAGGUAAACAUAUACGACUCGAUCCAAUCCUUGCCCAAGUAACGAGAAUACCUGAGGAUACUGCAGAUUGGAAUACAGUUUUACAGAAAAUUCAGAGCAAAAUGACAAAAACGUUUGUGCUGCGAAUGCCAGAUGGCCGGGAGCUUAUCAGGAAAAUCAAUAUGCCAAGGAUUGUGUUCAAGGUGGAAACUCGUUCAGGAAACAAAAAAGUCACUUUGAUAAACAAUUUAUCAGCUUUUGGUAUCGAAGUAAAGAAGCUAUGCCAUCAAAUACAGGUGGAAGCGGCAACGAGUGCAACCACCACAAACGAAGCGGUCAACUGCGAGGGACCACAAGUCACAGUUCUGGGAAAUCAUGUUACCUACCUCGGCGAUUUGUUCGCAAACGAAUAUGGCAUCGAUAAGAAAUACAUGGACGGCCUUGAUCUUGGGAUAAAGAAAAAGAGGAAAUAG